CUGUCUGUCUGUCUGUCUGUCUGUCUGUCUGUCUGUCUGCGGUCUUAACUCAGGAGCUCAGCGCUGCGACAUGUGAGCGGGGAAUGGGCGACGGGACGCGAGGUUGUUACAGACAGCAGAGGGACGCAGGAAGGGCCGGCGCCAGGACAGACUUGAGGAGGCUUCUACAGAUCUGUUUCUUUUCGUGUGUGUCUGUGUGUUUGUUGUCGCUUGGUUUCGACCUGUGAGACUGUCUGGCCAACGAUGAACGCCAUAGUGUUCGACAAGCUCAACAGCCAGGUCCUGUUUGAGGAGAAGCCUAAGGACUUGGAAAUGAGCAGCAGGAACUUUAGUGAAGUAAUCGAUGGACAUCAUCCAGACCUCCUCUCCAGCACCCAGACCAUCAGAGACAACCAGGCCAUCAGACACCGGCUCAGCGGUGGUCGUCACAUUGGCAGCAAAGUUCGACACAAGCGGCAGGCUCUGCAGGACAUGGCACGGCCACUGAAGCAGUGGCUCUACAAGCACAGAGAAAACCCCUACCCCACCAAGACAGAGAAAGUUCUUUUGGCUCUUGAUUCACAAAUGACCCUAGUACAGGUCUCCAACUGGUUUGCUAACGCCAGAAGACGACUGAAGAACACAGUGAGACAGCCAGAUCUAAGCUGGGCACUCAGGAUCAAGUUGUACAACAAAUAUGUUCAGGGCAACGCGGAGAGGCUCAGCAUCAGCAGCGAUGACGGUGGCUCCGAAGAUGAAGGCAGUCCUCAGGGGACACAAAAUUGCCCAGAGGAGCUCAAGCCCAUAUACCAGAGUGUCAUCAAAAAGGAGGCAUCGUCUAUGGUCAUGUGUGCAGGACUGCAUCCAGCUGCACUGGCUGAGGACUGUGUUUCUCCACCCAAGUACAAGAGCAGCCUGCUGCACCGCUACCUGAAUGACUCGCUGCGACACGUCAUGGUGGCCAACGCGGUCAUGGACGCCCGCAAAAGGAACCACUCUGGGUCCUUCAGCUCAAACGAAUAUGACGACGAGCUACUGUCACCAUCCUCUUCCGAGGCCGAGGCGAACUUUGUUUACCGGGCUGAAACCGUGGACCAUAAAACAAGUAAAUGUGACAAUGGCUACAUCGGUGUUGGAACUGUACAGAAAAAGGGCAUGAGGGAUGAGACAUACUGGAAGGAGAUCAGCGCAGCCAUGGCUUUGACUAACUUGGCGCAGGGGAAGGACGGUGCCUCUGGGAUCACCAGCUGCAUCAUCCAGAAGUCCUCUCACAUAGCAGAGAUCAAGACUGUUAAAGUGCCACAGGUGCAGACGUAUCAUCACUAAAAUAACCAGCUUGUUUCUGUGCAGAGCACUUUCAAUCAAAUUGUGGAAGAGGAAUAUAACAAAAAAAACAUUCUUUUUUGUUUUAAGUAAUGUUUUCUAAGUAUUUGCAAACAAGGCUUUGCCCACCCUUUGCUAAACUAGAUGUGAUGCACACGUGUUUGUAAGAAUUUUUUGUAAUUUUCUAAAACAAAACACACACAUUAGUAACGUUAAUUUAUUUACCUGAGUUCUAGGUAAAAAAUCUUAAUUAUGUAGAUAGAUUAUGACUGUGGUCAAGGCAGAAAAGGUGUUCCCCACAGUCAGACUUUUUAAAGGACGCUGCCUUAUGAAUCUUCAACCCACGUUAUUCUCUGAGGGCAUUGUUAAUGUUCCGAUAGGAGCCCGCAUUUUCACAUGUUGACUGAACACGGUUCUGUCGCACACAGAUUCUGGUAGGGGAACAAUAACAGUUUGAGUUGGUGAUCAGCUGUAGUAAAUAACAGCACUGAUAAGUCGCCAUGCUUAAAAGUCACACAGUGACACAUGUUUAGAUUCACAUGCAUUCUAUAUUUGUUUUAAUGCAAAAAUGCCAUGGUUUUAAAGGGAUCUUUUCCAGCAGUGUUGCCUUUUAUAUCUGUGCUUGAAACAUGACAGCGUCGCCUAUUGAUCAUUUCAGCUGUUUCAGUGUUAUAUUUAAAUUCCUUGGCCUGGGAGGCAGAACAUUCCCAGUUUAAACCCUGUCUCUGAUACCAGGUGCGUCCUGGUGUCCUGACACUGUAGACACCCAGGAACCGCCAGGUGGCUGCUCACUGCUCCCCCGUGGGGAUGGGUCAAAAUGCAGGAUAAAUAUCCCACACUACUGUGAUCAAUUAAGUAUAAAUUCAUUUAAAAGAAGCUGGAGAACAGAGAAAACCUUUGUUUCUUCCGUUUUUAUUGACUGUCUUCCACCAGUACGUUUUUUGAUUACUUUGUUGCCAAAGCACUGCCAAUGUGUGUAUUUGUGGUCAUUUUGUUUUUGCCCAAAUUGUUCUUCAUUUCUCCACAAUGAGUUAUGAGCUUCUUUAAUUUACUGUAGAUAGAAACGACUUUCUUUAUACCAAGUGCCUACGUGGUAGAAACAUUUGUGAUGAUAAGUUCACAAACUUUGGAAAGAACUGAAGUCAAUUCUUUAUGCUGACAGGGCUAAAUGUAAAUUUUUGUUUUGUUUAUUUUAUUAUUUACCAUCAUAAACUAUUGAAAACAAAGUAGCACAAAAUGGCCACUUUGGACCAGUUUGUACUGUAUGUGCAGUGAUGAGGAGAGCUAUGAUUUUUUUUGUCAGAUGAAGCUGAACAGAACGAUUUGUCAUUGGCCCUGUGUAUGUGUGAUAAAAGUCCAUUCACAGGCACUAGCUGAGCAGGCAGUGGGGACUGUGGCCUCCACAUGUGUUUUUUAUACAUACAUGUACAGCAGUGGGUAGUGCAUCGCCUUGUGUAAACCAAUCUUUGGACCAAAUGCAGACCACACACCUCACAUGGCUCCUGUUUGGGAGAAACAGUGUAAGAAAGAGAGCAGCUUCAGUGAGAAUACGUCCAUCUUUGUACCUGUGAUCACUCCCCAGCUGUGACUAUUUAAAAUGGUUUCUGCAGCCAAGUCGUUGGUACAGAACAUAAGAGAAACAGAGAAAAUAGUUUAGACCAUAGUUCAUUUUUAUUAAUAACUUAUAAUAUAUUUGGUUUAUUUUCAUGAGACUGGAUGUUCAAUCCAAUGACAUUUGACAGAUACUUUUCCUCUUUGUAUUGUUGAGUUUGCUUAUGUAAAAUGCCUUUUAUAAUACCAAUUGUUACAUGGUCAAAGAAAUAAAUAAACAUAAAUUAAA